AAGCACCACUCGCCAUCUCACCCCAACCGCCACCAGCCCACCACCACCACGGGCCACGGCCACUCUCCCCUGCUAGUCGCCUCCGCCUCCUCCACUUGCCGCGCUCCACACCCCCGGAGCGCGGCACACCGGGAGCCCGCCGCCGCCGCGGCCGGGCGGCAUGAAGAGCCUGUGGAAGCAGAGCGGCGGCCUGGUGUGCGCGGACGCCGGGCCGCUCAGCCCGCUCGGAGGCCGCUCGCGGCGCCGCGCGAGGCUCACGCUGUACGCGUUCGCGGCCGCCUUCUUCGCGUUCACCGCCUACGUCGCCUUCGCCACGCCUCCUUCCUCCGCGGGCGCCGGCGCCGGAGCUGGCGCCUCGUGGUUCGGCGGAGUGUACGCGUCCACGGCGCCGUACCGCUCGCAGAUUUCCAGCCUCUUCUCGUCCAUCUUGCCCGCCAACUCGCCAGAGCCGCUGCGCGUACCGACCGGCGGAUCGGGCGGCGGUGGGCAGGUGACCCGUGAUGCGAGCACUGUGCAAGUCGGGAGCGCGGCGGGGAGCAACAGCAGCAGCUCUGCCGCGGCUGGGUCUAGUGAGCAGCUGGGAAGUGGAGGCGCCGCUCCGAUCAGCAAUGCGAGCGCUGGGAGUGUGCCUCCGGCAGCCGAUUUGGCCGCUACUGGCAUUGGCGGAGGCGGAGCUCCAACGAACAGUUCCGCCUCAAGUGACGGUGCUCCGAACGACGCGGUGGAUCUGAAUAAACGAAGCGGCGGAGGCGUUUCCACGGGAGGCGGCAGUGGAUCCCCGGCCAAUAGUUCAGGCGUACAUGGAACCGCCGCGGAGGUCGGCGAGAAUAGCGUCGAUGGGUCUAAUAAGCAGUCGGGAAGUGGAAGCGGAGCCCUGAGCGAUGCUGCUGCCGGACAUGGCAGCACUGUCAGAGCUGAGGCCAACAAAGUUGCAAGUGAUGUUUCCACCAAUAGUUCUGCGGGGAGUGGCAACUUGGGGAAGGUGGAUUUGAGCACCGGAUCUUCUAAUAAUCCGGCAGGGAGUGGAAGUGGCGUUUCAGGCAGUGAUUCGGAUGCUGGAAAUAGCAGCACUGUAAAGCCUCAUGCUGGAGAUGCUGUUGGAGCUGGGAGCAGGGGUUCUUCUGGAAACGGCACUGAUACCAAGGUUAAUCUGAAUAAAGGUUCAGAUGCUCAGACAGGAAACUCAAAUGGAGAUGCAAGCCAUAAAUCGGAUGUAAGUUCUAGUUUGGGGAAGAAAGAUACAAAGGCUGUGACUAGUGAGAGUUCAGAUGCUCAACCAAACAGUGGAAGUGGAGAUGCAAGCCAUAAAUCACCUGGAAGUUCUAGUCCAGUAAAGAGCAAUGCUGGAGAUGGCGCAAUUGAGGGCAGUAAGGGAAAUGUGAGUGUUGUUCCAACUAAUAAUCAAACUGGGAGUCUGGCAUUGGCAGGGCAGAAAGAUGUUGGAUCUCCCAGGAACAACAACACAGUUGUAGCAUCUCCCUCUGUAAAGAAUCAGGAGCAGACCGGGAGCCAAGUUGCUCCCAGCGGGAGCACUGGUACAGUGAAUAAUCCGAAGGGGGAUGCUGCUCAGGGCAGUGCUGGUUCAUCAGAGAACCAUUCGACCCAAGCGAACUCCUCAAAAUCUGGAAAUAACAGUGAGGGUAACAGGUCAUCAAUAAAACAGGAUGGUGGUUCUGGUGGAAAUAAGAAAGUUGAUUGGUUCAAGGAAGUGGCUAGUUGUGAUAUGUUCCAUGGGAAUUGGGUUAGGGAUGACUCAUACCCUCUCUACCCUGAGGGAUCAUGUCCGCACAUUGAUGAGCCCUUUGACUGCUAUCUCAACGGUCGGCGAGAUCUAGUUUACCAGAAGCUCCGCUGGCAACCCAGUGGAUGCAGUAUCCCAAGAUUGAACCCAACCGAUAUGUUGGAGAGGCUGAGAGGAAAAAGACUUGUUUUCGUUGGUGAUUCACUCAAUAGGAACAUGUGGGAAUCCCUUGUGUGUAUUUUGAGGAAUUCCGUCAAAGACAAGAGGAAGGUUUUUGAGGCAUCUGGCAGGCGUGAGUUUAAGACGGAAGGCUCAUACUCUUUCCUAUUCACGGACUAUAACUGCAGCGUGGAGUUCUUCCGCUCCCCAUUCCUAGUCCAGGAAUGGGAGAUGAAAGUGAGCAGUGGAAAGAAAAAGGAAACUCUCAGGCUUGAUCUGGUCGAGCAAUCGUCAUUGAAGUACAAGGAUGCAGACUUUCUCAUUUUCAAUACUGGGCAUUGGUGGACACAUGAGAAAACUUCUCUUGGGAAGGACUACUAUCAGGAAGGUAACCAUGUGUAUAAUGAGCUAAACGUCAUGGAUGCCUUUCAUAAAGCUCUUCUCACCUGGUCCAAGUGGAUUGAUGCCAAUGUUAACCCCAGAAAAACUGCUGUGUUAUUCAGAGGCUACUCAGCAUCUCAUUUUAGUGGUGGCCAAUGGAAUUCAGGCGGUAGCUGUGACAAGGAGAGCGAACCAAUAACCAAUGAACAGUACCUUUCAACCUACCCACCAAAGAUGAGCAUUCUGGAAGAUGUGAUCCACAAGAUGAAAACUCCGGUUGUUUAUUUGAACAUAACGAGAAUGACUGACUACAGAAAGGAUGCACACCCUUCCAUCUACCGCAAGCAGAACCUUACUGAUGAGGAGAGGAGAUCGCCCGAAAGAUAUCAGGACUGCAGCCACUGGUGCCUUCCUGGAGUACCAGAUUCCUGGAAUGAACUGGUUUAUGCUCAACUUUUGAUCAGGCAGCAUCAAAUGCGCCAACAAUAAAGGCAUCUACUGUUUUUUUUGCUGUGUGCCUAUAUAUGAUCUGUUGUUUUCUAGGAUAAUAGUCAACACGGUGAUGAAAGUAAGGUUGGCAUGAGAUCGAGGAUUUUCCUAAAUCCAUAUAUAGAGUAAAGUUGUCCAUGCUACCUCCCAAUACCCACACAAAUUCUUCAAUAGAGGUUUCUGGGACGUCACAUUGUAAAGUUCAUAUCUAGCACUAAUCUGAAAUAAAGAAUAGUAUAGAUGUGAUGAUAUAGAUGCUCCUGUGUCUUCUGUGAUUCCCUUCGUGUUCUCAUAUAUGUUUCUAACCAUCAAGGGUGUCCUAUGAUAUAGACUUUCACAGUUAAGUGGAAAAGGAAGCUGCUGUAUGGAUGUAGUCUUUGCAUUGGUUGGGUGAAUUGCAUAAUUUGUAGUACCAAAUUUAUUUGUAGGGGUUCUGUAUAGCCAUGGGCACUGGUGCUGGCCAUUUUUUGGUCCAAAGUUAAAAAGAAAUGUAUGGACACCCAUGCCAUUGUUGGCAUUUUUGUCCUAGCGAACAAUGUACUAUGGAGUACCUACAUGAGCAGAUAUGUAUGUUCUGGUUCUGGAUGCCAUUUAUGAUGUAUAUAUUGAAAGCUUGAAGGA